CAUGCGCAACGCUUCGUUUCUAUGACGCGCAGUUACGCGCGUUCAAACGCUUCAGACUGUAAAUGUACAAAAACAAAAGGACUACACAAGGAAGAAUACAAGUGACUUCAGUUCUCCUGAGCUCUUCACUGUCCCCUGCUGAUCACAUCACAGAGCAUGAGUGAGAUUUAAUGAGGCAAGGAUGGCAGGAGGAAAAUGGCAGGACAGGCUGAAGUCUGUGGAACAGAGAGCCUCAUCUUUUCAGUCUUCUCCUCUGAGCUGUCCGUACAAGCCCCGUCUGUCCCGGCCAUGGCAGCCCUCCUCUGUCUGGAGACUCUUCCCACGGCAGAACGCAGCCAUCGCCUUCACUCAGCACAUUAAACAGGACGUGCAUUUAUUUUCACUGGAGAAGGAAGGCAGUGAUGCUGGACAGAGGAUUUUCCUAGUGACCAGCUACAGUGAACUUUGGCAUUAUUACAGCACUCACAGACAGUCUCUGAUGCACUGCUAUGAGGUCAUUCUGGAAGGGGCCGUCUGCAAACUUUACUUGGACUUAGAGUUCGACAAAGCCUCCAACACACACCUGGACGGCAAGAUGAUGGUGUCAAAACUAAUCCAGUAUGUGUGUGAGAAGCUAGAGGAGGUUUAUGGUCUAUGCUGCUCUGCAAGAGAUGUCCUUAAUCUAGACUCCAGCACCUCUGAGAAGUUUAGUCGCCAUCUUAUCUUCAUGCUUCCCAGUGCUGCAUUCAAAGACAACUCUCAUGUAGGGCGAUUUAUUCAUGAUAUCCUGCAUCCUGCUCUAAAAAGCCUUCAAAAAAGCAAACCAGAGGCACCUACAACAGAAGUCUGUCCAAGAGAGAACAGAGAUGAUGUGGAUGGUUCUCAGGCCAAGAGAAGAAAGUAUGAAGAGAAGGAUCUUGACUUUCUUAUAGUGAAGAGCAAAAAUGGACAAGAACAACUUUUUGUUGACCUGGGAGUCUACACCAAGAACAGAAACUUCCGUCUCUACAAGUCCUCCAAACUGGGAAAGAAUGCAGCAUUUUGUGUGGCAGAAGACAACAAGUUUGUCCCAAAGCCCUCCAAGCACACCACAAAAGAAGAAUACAUAUUUUUAGCUUCCUUAAUCACCAAUAUCAGUUUCACAGGACAGAGGAUUUUGACUUAUGAUAUGCCACAGAAGAGUACAGCAGGAUCUCAGUGUUCGACCCUUCAGAUAGAGUCACACAGCUCUGAUCUGUUGGGUGAACAGAAGCCGUCUCCUUUUAAAGAGGUGGAUGAAUUUGUGCUGACACUUGUGUGCAAGGAUCGCAUUCAAGGAAGCAUCCGGCGAUGGAACUACUUUGCAUCUGAACAGCUGUUGGUUUAUGAUAUUGAGAAAUUCCGCUGGUGCCACAACGUGAAGCGCUUUCACAAGAGCAAUAACAUCAUAAUUGUGGUGGAUCUCAAAGAGGAAGUGUGGUAUCAAAGAUGCCAUGACCCUGAUUGCAGAAGACAGAACUACAGAUCCUCCAGCUUCCCUCUGCCUCAAGAGGUCUGCAUGAGCCACCUGCUGAUGGAGGAUGAAGAGGAUCAGGCAUAUUUAACGGAUGAACUGGGGAACAUUGAGCUUGCGCACAGCUCUGUACCCAGGACUGAUUCAACAGAGUCCUCCUCGGCUCCUCAGGCUGAGAAAGCGGAGGAUUGGGGAGAGUGGCCUGAUGACCCUGCUUAUCUGGAAGCUCUGCAGGAAGUAGAAAGGGCCACUGAAGAGGUACCUGAUGAGCUUCUGCUCCAGGCAGUGACUGAGUGUGAAUAUUAUAUGACUUGGGAUAUUACAAGAGUCUACACCAAGAACAGAAACUUCCGUCUCUACAAGUCCUCCAAACUGGGAAAGAAUGCAGCAUUUUGUGUGGCAGAAGACAACAAGUUUGUCCCAAAGCCCUCCAAGCACACCACAAAAGAAGAAUACAUAUUUUUAGCUUCCUUAAUCACCAAUAUCAGUUUCACAGGACAGAGGAUUUUGACUUAUGAUAUGCCACAGAAGAGUACAGCAGGAUCUCAGUGUUCGACCCUUCAGAUAGAGUCACACAGCUCUGAUCUGUUGGGUGAACAGAAGCCGUCUCCUUUUAAAGAGGUGGAUGAAUUUGUGCUGACACUUGUGUGCAAGGAUCGCAUUCAAGGAAGCAUCCGGCGAUGGAACUACUUUGCAUCUGAACAGCUGUUGGUUUAUGAUAUUGAGAAAUUCCGCUGGUGCCACAACGUGAAGCGCUUUCACAAGAGCAAUAACAUCAUAAUUGUGGUGGAUCUCAAAGAGGAAGUGUGGUAUCAAAGAUGCCAUGACCCUGAUUGCAGAAGACAGAACUACAGAUCCUCCAGCUUCCCUCUGCCUCAAGAGGUAUGCAUGAGCCACCUGCUGAUGGAGGAUGAAGAGGAUCAGGCAUAUUUAACGGAUGAACUGGGGAACAUUGAGCUUGCGCACAGCUCUGUACCCAGGACUGAUUCAACAGAGUCCUCCUCGGCUCCUCAGGCUGAGAAAGCGGAGGAUUGGGGAGAGUGGCCUGAUGACCCUGCUUAUCUGGAAGCUCUGCAGGAAGUAGAAAGGGCCACUGAAGAGGUACCUGAUGAGCUUCUGCUCCAGGCAGUGACUGAGUGUGAAUGAUGGCCUUGUAACCUAAAAGUCUAAAAUAUGUUCUUAAAUUCUGUUUCCUAACAAACUGUAUUUUCUAAAUGUUCAAAGAUGAUUUAUUUCCAUAAAUUAUUUUAGAUUAUAUGACUUGGGAUAUUACAAGUGUGUAACAUUUAUUAGCUUUUAUAUACAUAGAUG